ACGGUGAAGUGUUAGCUCUAAGCUAGAGAGAGCCAAUAUGUGUGCCAGCUGUAUUCGACAAACACAAACCUAGCUAUCCUAGCGGAGAUUCCAAGGGUGUUGGUGUGCCACAUUACGCAUAGAUUCGUGUUAUUUCUCACAUUGUGCUCUUCUACUUUAGCCUACUAUAGGUUUUCUCAAACAUGCAGUGAAAAUGUAUUUUGGGGAUUUAGUGGACUUUUUUAAACGUUUUUAAAAUCUACUAAAAUGUUUUUUGUUCCAAAUAAUUUGGUUUAGAUUGUUGUUUAAGUUACCAGUACUUCGAAUGAUACCAACUGUCAAUACCACAAAGUCGUCGAUCAUCGGAUUGGGCUGUUUAAUUGCAUUUUAUUUAGUUCAGUAAUCCCUGAUUAAUUACUAACUAGUACAUACUUUCCCCUUUAGAAACUUCUGGAUGGAGUAGGCUACAGAAUCCUAAGAAUUUUACAUUAUUGCAGCAUUUUCGUUGGCAUCACUAUGCAAGAAAAACAAUGACCAUAUUUCAAAUACAUGUUUAUAACGGAGCGCAGAACACGCCGAUUCCCGUUCUAAUGGGCGUGAACCAUAACCUGGCUGAACCCGGCUAGCGCGCCAUCACCUGUAGCCACGCAGUAAAAACAGCACGCCCAGUAGAAUGCGAUUACGCAACAUAGCGCUUCCAAAAUUCCAGUCGGCUUGUGUGACAUCACCUUGACAACGGUCGGACACCCUCCUUACUCCCAAGACCAGGUCGAAAGAGACAUGGUACGGAGCUGCCGGCAGACAACCCCUUCCAAGUCUAUGCCCUCCUAUCGGGUCCGUAGCAAGCGGGUACCAUACCAGGAAUAAAUACAAUCAAAUCGAGCUAUUCAAAGACGUAAUUCUGUGGGCCUAUAUGGAAGCUCCACCGCCUGUCUUGUAGGAAAACUUGAGAGGAACUCUACCUCUGCCUGGAACGCGACACCUAUUCCAGUCUGAGGUUUGUGUGACAUGUCUUCGUUUUGACCUCCUACUUUGAAAUCCGAAGGCAUGGCCCUUAAGAACAGGCCCCGGGUGGCAUCUGGUCAGAUCUUGGUCCACAUGCCUGUUCCCCUGGCUCUCUGCAGAACACUGUCCCCUGGUCGCACCUCAGACAGCAGAAAAGCUACCAACUCCUGCAGUGUCAGGAGGAGUAAAACCAGCCAGGGAGGAGGUGGAGGAGCAAGAGAGGGAAGGGAGUGGUGCCCUGGACCGUCCAGACGGGCGUGGCUGGACUUGCUCUCUCACACCUCCGUCAGUAGGCUGCAGGCCAAGUUCAAAUCUGACCACCAGGAGUUGAGAGCCAUCACCCAGUCCAUAUUAGACACAGAGAAUGGCUUUGUUAAGGACCUGGAGCAUUUCCUGCACCAGCAGGAAUGGGCGGAGCUUCGUAGGAGAGAGCUGCUUCACAGGCGGUGGACGGAGCGCGUGUGGAGCCCAGUCCAAAGGAGUGUGGAAAACCGAGUGUCCCAGCGCUGCGAUGAAGAGGUGCAGAUGUCGCCUCGUGGGAUGUUCCUGAGAUACAUAAACCACUGCAACACCAAGGAUUUUGUGUUUCUGGAGAACUAUAACCCUAAGGAGUACAACCCUUUCCUGCUGAACAUCAACAGACCUCAUUACUAUACGGUCACCACGCCCAUCUUGAGGGACCCACUGUCCCUCCAGUCAUGUGAAAGGAUGAAGGAGAAGGGGGCAAUCCUAUGCUGCCAGACAGGUUAUAACUACACACGCAGACAGGUAGAAGAGCACCUUAAACACCUACCUCACCUGGCCCCUCUCACUGACCCCUUGACCUCACACACCCACUUGAAGUCUGCUGACCUGCCCCUCCUCCCCCAACCCACUGACCUGAGCUCCACCCCCAGAGAUCCACUAGAGGUGGAGAUUGAACCUUUGAGGCCUGACAGGCAUGAGGUGACACCAGGUUACAGACCCACCUGACAGACUGCCUGCUGGUCCAAGCCGUAACAACACCAAAAUAAAGAUGCCUGCUUGUUGGUUCUAAAGGUUCUGGAUGAGACGGUGACUCCCCCUCUGGUUCUCAUUAAUAAAGAGGCUAUUUGGGA